UCUAAUGUCGCGCGUCUAGGUUAGGUUGCGCCUCGCGUGAGAUCAGAAAACCAGUUCACCCCUUUUCCCGCCUCCCUUAGGAUUUCGGGGGCGCUCGGGGGUGCCUAGGGUUUAGGUGUUUAACAUUUUAGGGUUGCUCAGUCUGACUCCAAAACGUCCCUGCGACCGUCAGCACGCUCCGGCGCUAUUUGCAUAGCUGCCGAAUUACUCGAUUGCAUCAUGCCAGUGUAAUCACAUGUUGAUAUGAUUAGAGACAUUGGUCUCUAUCGCACCGUUAGAUUAUACGUACGUGGACAUUCUUUUCAUAAGCGAAUAAUUGACAAGGCAGAAGUACCUCCUGGUACGGUCGUGCGCUUCGCGGUUCCUAACAGUAGAUACGAUUUCACGACGUCUAGCAAUUUCGUCAGAAGCAACAUGGACUCGUUCAAAUUUACGGACUACGACUGCAUCGGUUUCGACCUGGAUAACACUCUGCUGCGUUACAAUGUCACGAAUCUGGUGCACAUCGAGUACGAGAUAUUAGCCAGAUUCCUGGUGGAUAAACGCGGGUACAACGGAAAGCAUCUCCUGGAGCCGUUGACAGACGACGUCUUGGACUUCAUGCAGAAAGGACUGUUGCUGGACUUUGAGCGGGGUAACGUGCUCAGGGUGAGCCCCGAUGGAGUAAUCCGCAGAGCAUGCCACGGCUCGCGUUUGUUAAACACAGAACAGAUUAAGGAGAUAUAUCCCGAGCAGAGAUCAGAAGCCACAGAUGCAUUCUGUCGCGACGUAAUGGCAACUUGGAACGGUCCUCUGUCCAAGAAAGUGAGGAGCCUGCUGGAUUACUUCGACAUAGUGUCGAGUGUCGCGUUUGCACGGGCAGUAGACACACUCGACGAAGAGCAUGGCUCUCCCUUGGACAAAUAUGAUAUCUGGCCUGACAUAUUGGAUGGACUGACCUAUAUGUUCACCAGAGAGCAUUUCCAGUCGAAUAAAGGGAUAUUUGGCCACAUCAAGAAAAAUCCGGAGAAAUAUUUGCGCAAAUGCAGCACAGAUACAAUUUCAUGGUUGAGGGAAGUAAAGAAAAAAUCUGCAACUUUUCUUCUUACUGGAUCGAACGUGGAUUUCGCGAGUUUUACCGCGAGUUAUGCUCUCGGGGAAGAUUGGCGAUCCCUUUUCGAUAUCGUAGUGUGUUUCGCGAAGAAGCCAGGGUUUUUUAUUCAAAAUCGACCAUUUUACGAUGUUGUAAACAACAACGAAACCGAUAUCACCAGCCAGGACUUAAAACGAGGUGAAAUAUACAGUCAGGGAAACUGGAACGAUUUAUUAAAAUUUCUCGUUCGUAUAACGGGAAAAACUAAUCAGCGGUGUUUAUAUAUCGGUGACAAUCUCAUACAGGACGUUUACAUACCUAGUGCAUCCGCAUGUUGCGAUACUCUAGCCGUAAUCGAGGAACAAAUGUCAGAAGGAAUGCUCUGUCACGCUUUAACUCAUCCGGAUGAGAAAAUUCUGAAUUCAAAGCUCUGGGGGUCAUAUUUUUGCUUAAAAGACUCGACGAUUAACGUAGAUUCUUUAUGGGGACAUGUAAUAAAGAAACAUGCAAAGCUGUGUAUACCAGAUAUCAAUUUGGUAGCACAGAGACCGUUAGAUGAACCUAUUCCUUGUUUUAAUAAAAAUGGAAAGUUAUAUUGUGGAUAUUAUCCAGCUGUACCGCUUAGUGUAUCAGCUAUGUAAUAUGAGAAUAUCAGGAUUAUAUGUUACUUUAUUUGUAAUGAAAAGACAACUUUCAUCUUUUUAGAGAAUCUUACAAGUAUUAAGAAAAUUGUAGGUGUUCAGCUUGUGACUUAAAUAUAGGAUUAUGUUACAUGGUUUGUAAUGAAGAGAACAUUUUAAUUUUUUUAGGUGUUCAGCUUGUGACUUUUAAAUGUAAUGUGCUUUGUAUGCAUUUUUUAAAGAUGGAUUUUGAGAUUUGUUUAAUGCUUUAUUGUCGAAAAACUAGAAUUUAAUAAAAUUUAGAGAAACUUAUUUUUACGUGUGUGCACAUUUACGUCUAAUUAAAACACAUUGUAAUUUAAGAUACGGAUUAUCCCAGCUAUCAAGGAACAGUUAAAAUACCUGAAGCCACCAUCGAGGAGACCGACAUAUGAGAAACAAACUUUUAAAACAAAACGCGCCCAACAGAGACAACAGGAAGACCUUGCAGCUGUAGAUCAAAUUUUGGAAGAUAAGAAUACAGCAAAGGCUGAGACUACAGAAAACGAAGAUAAAUGAGAUUCUUGAAAAAAUAUAA